AUGUCUGAAAUACUAAAUAUUGAUGAUAAACCGUUCUCCGAUGAAGAUAUUGUUAAACGAGAUUACCAUAGCUAUGUACCCUACAUCCAAUCAUUUAAAAAUAAUGAUGAAAUAAGAAUAACAAUUCAAAAUCAAGAUUUAUAUAUUUUACCAUCUGAAAGCUACUUAUACAUAGAAGGAAAUUUAAAAACAGCAAGUGGCGAAAAUGCUACUAAUGGUCGACUUAGAAACAACUGUGUAGGUCAUAUGUUUGACGAAAUACGUUAUGAGAUCAAUGGUAUAGAAAUUGAUCGAACACGUUAUCUUGGUAUAACAAGCCAAGCAAAAAAUUAUAUUUCUCUAAAUUCGUUUGAAAGCAAUAUGAUGAGUAAUGCUGGGUGGAGUACUGAUGGUGAUUUUUCGAGUUCAUCAUUUAAUUACUGUGUUCCACUUAACCGUUUGCUUGGAUUUGCUGAAGAUUUCAAUAAAGUAAUUUGUAACAGCAAGCAUGAUUUAAUUCUUUUAAGAAGUUCAAAGGAUGUAAAUGCUUGUUAUUCAACUGAUGCAAAAGAAGAAAUCAGUUUAUCAAUUACGAAUAUUGUUUGGAAAGUUCAACAUAUUCAUUUAUCAGACUACAAGAAAAUUCAAUUUAUGAAAACUAUUAAAGAUGGAAAAUCUUUACCGAUAGCAUUUCGUAGUUGGGAUUGUUAUUAUAAUCCUACAUUUCCAGGUGGAAUGAAGCAUAGUUGGAACGUAAAACUUUCUACAAACAGAGAAAGACCACGAUUUGUAGUAUUUAUAUUUGAAAAGGAUAAUAAAUUUGUUCAUUCUGAUUUAUCGAAUAUAAAAGUACACCUAAAUUCAGAUACUUAUCCUUACGAUGAUUUAAAUUUAAAGUUUGAUGAUAACCGUUAUGCUAUUUUAUAUGAUAUGUAUGCAAAGUUUCAGCAAAACUACUAUAUGAAGGAACCGCAGCCACUCCUAUCAUUUACAGAAUUUAAAGAAAAUCCAAUUGCAGUAAUUGAUAUCAGCAAUCAAAAUGAAUCUAUUAAAGGAGGGCCUAUUGAUCUUAAAAUACAGUUUGAAACCAGAACGUCUAUCCCGAAGAAUACAUCAGCAUAUUGUUUAAUACUCCAUGAUCGCUUAAUUGAGUACUCACCUUUAACUGGAAUUGUUCGUAAAAUUGUUUAA